GUUGCUACGAACGAACUUUCCCCCACCAGAACGCAGCGGCUCUCCCGUAUUCAUCAAUUGCCACGCGAAAAAAAAAUCCACGGACCGUUCCAUACUUCUGCCGCGCUGGAUCGAUAGGCGUCCCCAAGAAGUGGUAGGUGGCUUUCGUCGGUCGCCUCGAGGCAAGAGCGGCAGGCACGAAGCCCACGAAGACCUCUCGAACCCGAGCAAGAGAAAAAUUUCGGCUAAAGAGCGAGGGCGUAAGCGCACCUAUUCGCCUCCGACGGAGCAGAGUACGAAAGAAGUCAGCGUGACGGCUACGAAAGUCGCGUCCGCGCGCAAAGACAAGGAAAGAUGACGUCGCAAAACAAGCAGGGCAAGAUGACAAACUAUGUCAACUACCGCAUGCGCGCCACGCUCGAGGACGGCCGCCAGCUGACGGGCCAGAUGCUCGCCUUCGACAAGCACAUGAACCUCGUCCUGGCCGACACGGAAGAGUUCCGACGCAUCAAGCAGCGCGCCAAGAAGGGCCCGUCCGCGCCGGGCUCGUCGUCGUCAGCGGACGUGGUCGAGAUCGACGAGAAGCGCACCCUCGGCCUGCUCAUCGUGCGCGGCGCCCACAUCGUCUCACUUACCGUCGAGGGCCCGCCCCCGGCCGACCCGAGCGCGAGACUGGGCACGAGCAACCCUGCAGGCGGUCCUGUCGGCACGGCGGCGCUGAGCGCUGGGCCAGGCAUAGCGAGACCGGGCGGUCGCGGGGCGCCGAUUGGACUGACUGGGCCCGCGCCCGGCGUGGGUGGUCCGGCACCGCCAGGCUUCCCGGGCGCGCCAGGCGGUUUUGGUGGGUUCCCCGCCGGAAGGGGUGGUGGUCCUCCGGGCUUUGCGCCUCCAGGCUUCCCUCCUGCCGGUCCCCCAGGCUUCCAACCACCACCGGGCUUCCAACCCCCUGGCGGACGCGGAUUUCCAGGCGCCCCCCCAGGAUUCGGCGGCAGAUGAUUGUUUUUUUGAAGGCGUUUCGACGACGGCGGGAAUCAGCAAGGAAAUCUAUCGAACGAUGCGGAAUCAAAUCGCCGUGCUCUAGGAUUCACACACGCGGUUGGGCUACUUGGCAAGAAUACAUGCGGAGAAGCUGGAAGAAGGCCGAUGCAUCGCCAAAAUGUGUGAUGGGAACAGGCGAGCCGAUGAGAGCUAUUAUAGCACUUCAUAGCCCAACAAAGUGGGGUGAUAGCAGAAUAAAAUCCCAGAAAGGCACUUCAAGUCCAAGACCAAAAAAAAGUAAGAAAAUUCGAGACCCGACGAAUCACUUCGAAUUCUCUAAGCUACCAACGUAGAUCGAGGGGGAAAAAAAAAUUUAUUUCGGCACUAAAAACUGUCACGUUGAGACGAUGUACAAGAGGGAACAAUAACAUCAUUCGUAUAUAUAUACGUUUCAGCUAACCUAAGGGAAACGGACAAAGAACCGCCGCCGAGUUUUCUCACUUGACAAUCUUACAGAUCAGAUCCUGCGAGUCAACCGAGUCGCCAUCCUUGACGCUAAGGCUUCCAACUUUACCACUGUGCGGCGCCGAGAUGACCAUUUCCUGUUCGCGUGUUGUUAGCGGUUUUCUUAUUAAUUUUUGUUUUUAUUUCCAUCGCAUCGAACGACUAGGCGUGCAAAGAGUAGAUAGAUGAAGAAAAAGGAGAAAGAAUGAAAAACG